UGCUCAAAAUCAAUCAACUCUGCCAAUACUGUUGUUCUGUCCCACUUUGACUUCAGCCAUCCACUUGCUACGACUCCACCACUACACAACAAAUUUGAUAACCAUACCCGUGACUCGGCGCUUGACCAGCAGAGCGAGCCCGCGAACACUCGACAGCCGCAUUCACAAUACACAUCACGAUAGCGCUCUCUCCGGAAAGCCCGCUCAAAUAUGGCGACAGCACAGGAUGAAUACAAUGAGCUCUUCCGCGACAAGUCUCGCCGCUCCCAUCACCCAGAAGACGACAACGAGUCGAUACCUUCAGAGAACGACGACCUCCUCUCCGACUUUGACGACGAGCCCUCAGAUCUGCCCAACCUUCCCUCAAGGGAUCACGUACCGCGGAACAAGUCAUACUCCAACACAGGGCCCAAAGGUGUCAUCGCCGACGCACAAGCCUUCGAAGCCGCGCGCAGAGAGCGUAACUCUUCGCCAAAGGCAGCCACACGUAACUAUGCAUACACACCGAACGUCGCCGACCUGAGUCUAGACGGCCGCAACAAGGGCAGUCAGAGUGGGAGCGACAUUGAGAGCGAGGACGACUUCAUGGCUGAAUGGCGACAGAAGAGGUUGAAUCAGCUAUCUUCAAACGACCGACAAGCAAGCAACAGCAUUGGCCAACCACGUAGUCGCGCCACUUAUGGAGGACUCGUGUCAGUCGACGGUGAGGGCUACCUGGAUGCUGUAGAUCGUAGUCCCUCCAACACCGUCGUCGUCGUCUUCAUUUACGACGAUUCGUCAGAGGUCAGCUACAUGGUUGAAGACUGCAUGCGCCAACUAGCACGCAAACACAAGACGACGCGUUUCGUCAAAAUGCACUAUCUCGACGCUGAGAUGGAGCCUGCCGGCGUACCGGCUGUUCUGGCGUAUCGUGGCGGCGACAAGUUUGCAGGUCUCGUCCCUGUUGUCGACGAGAUUCCCGAUGACGCAGAUCUCAGUGCUAUCACCCUUGAGAACCUUUUCCAGAAACACCAGAUCUUGUAAUUGACAUAUACCCCGCCGAGCACGUCUGAUGACACCUCUGCAAGUCACAAAAGAAUACAUCACAGUUUACUGCCGCUGGGGCGAAGGAGUUGUACAAUUCAAGGAGAAAUUCUUUCCACUGCAUGGGGUACGGCGCUUUUGGGGCAGUCUUUUACAGCUGCCCAUCAAUUUUCACGCGCGUCUGGGAUCCAAAGCUUGUGUAUAUGCUUGUAUGCCAAAACUUUUUACGCCGACAUCGACAUUAGCAAUCCCAAUGUCGUGCCCAUCUCUGCACCCGUAAGGUCCAUGGCACCCGUAGAAGUCGCGAUUCUUGAAUCGGAUGUUUGGA